AAGUACAAUGGCGAAAUUUAGAAGAAAAGGGAAAUAAAUAGGGUAGGAAGUGGAGCGAGCGAGCGAGGAAUAGAGAGAAAGAAAGGUCCCAAGCCAAGACUAAUAUUGACAAAGACGCAGCUCACGACGACUCACAACUCACAAGUACACUACACACAAACAAAUAGCAGGGAAAUUUUUUGGGCAAUAUAGAAAAAGAAAUUGAAAGCUCCAUCGCUGUCCCAUUGCCGAAAGCCGCAGGAGAGAGAGAGAAGAGAAGGAGAGAGGGAGAGAAAUUGCCGAAACCCACUCUUCCUCCCCAGUCAUCAUCAUCUUCUUCCUUUGUUCAACUCAUUUUCCUCUCUUUCUUCGGAGCCUGUCCUUCUCCCUCCCCCGGGGCUCCUCCGCCCCGACCCGGAUCUCCCCCCGCCGCCGGCAGAGCAAAUGUACUCCGCCCUGCACUCUCUGCCGCUGGACGGGAGCAGCAUAGUCGGCGGUGGAGUAGCUGGAGCGGGGCACGUGGAUUUCCAGGGGUCGUUGGAUGGGACCAAUCUACCUGGGGAUGCGUGCUUGGUUCUCACCACGGAUCCGAAGCCCCGCCUCCGGUGGACCGCCGAGCUCCACGAGAGGUUCAUCGACGCCGUUACCCAGCUGGGAGGACCUGACAAAGCGACCCCUAAAACAAUAAUGAGGACAAUGGGGGUAAAAGGCCUCACUCUUUAUCACUUGAAAUCCCAUCUACAGAAAUACAGGUUGGGAAGGCAAUCCUGCAAGGAAUCGACUGAAAGCUCCAAGGAUGUCGGAAUUGCAGCAUCUGUGGCAGAAAGUCAGGACACUGGCUCAUCUGCAUCAACAUCAUCUAGAAUAGCUGCACAAGAUCUGAAUGACGGUUACCAGGUCACCGAGGCUUUGCGUGUACAGAUGGAAGUUCAGAGAAGACUACAUGAACAGCUAGAGGUGCAGCGUCGACUCCAACUCAGGAUUGAAGCCCAGGGGAAAUAUCUACAGUCAAUACUUGAGAAAGCUUGCAAAGCUCUAAACGACCAGGCAGUUGCAACUGCUGGACUGGAAGCUGCGAGGGAGGAGCUUUCAGAGUUGGCAAUCAAAGUAUCCAAUGAAUGUCAAGGAAUGGCACCCAUUGACACCAUAAGGAUGCCGUCUUUAUCUGAACUUGCUGCUGCUUUAGAGAGCAAAAGUGCUUCUUCCAAUGUGCCGGCUCGGAUUGGUGACUGCUCCACAGAGAGCUGCUUGACUUCAAUUGGGAGUCCAGUUUCGCCAAUGGGAAUGUCUCCACAGGCUGCUGCUGCCAUGAAGAAAAGAUCAAGGUCUGUCUUCGGCAAUGGAGAUUCUCUCCCACUGGAUGGCACCACCAUGCGUCAUGAAGUUGAAUGGAUGAUGAACAACAUGGCCUGAAGAGCUAGCUAGCUAGCUACCGCAAAGUUAGCGUCCUAGAAUCAACUCCUCGUUGUUCCCCACGUCCCUCUCCCUCUUCUUGGUUAUUGUCCUCAGAUUAAUUUGAUCUCCUAAGUUAACUGUAUCACCUUCAAAUGGUCUCCUGUAUAGUUUGGGAUCCUUUUUCUAAUUGUAGGAACUUUUGCCUAUGCAGUUGGAAAGAUAUCAACUUUCUCGUUUCUUCCCCGCAAGCACUUCACUUUCAGUUAACAGCCUUUUUGGCCCGAGGAAAAUCUAUCUGCAAAAUCCUUGGCCGACGACAAACCAAGCAGGCCUAGACUCUGCUAAGAUUUAUAAAUCUCCUUAUUAAGCUUCUGGGUGUGUUUAGACGACGAUUGAUCAAUGACAAUUGUCAAUGAUACAAACCAAAUCUUGCAAGUUUCAAUCUUUCCAUGACCCAUCAAUUUAUCAUUACACUUCUAGCUGCCUCUUACUUCUAAUCUUCAAUCCCUUUCUCUUCAGUUGCUGGUUGCUUCAAUCAAAUCAAUCAAUCACAGUUCCCCUGGUAAAACUGAUGGACUUCUGAAAUCCUCUGUUUCUCCUCCCACUCCCCUGUUAAUUUACCCACCCCUGUUUGUCUUUCGUGAUUUUAUUCACUUCAUUUCACUGUAGUUUUGCAUGGAACUCAAACUACCAAACAAAGAAGUAAUAUGACAUGGGCUGGAUUUCUUUGAAGGCAGGGAGUGGCACUUAAUCUCAUCAGUCUAGCCAGUGUUGCCCUUCUCUGAAGCAGCUGUCAUCCAAAAUAGGAACCAGAUAAACAAAUACAAGACGUUUGAUGCAAAGCUAGAAAAGAAGAUGAUAGAAGUCAAGAGAUUAACAUCAUAAUCAUGAGGUUCCAUCAAUUCAAACAACACCUCAAAACCAUCGGGUCGUUUUCCAACAGUUUGGUAAUGUAAAAGGACAUUUUCUCUCUCUGUCCCUGUGUUAUUGUUAAUUAUCUUUCAUUGUAAAAUGUUCUCCUGUAUCUAUCCAUCUAUCAGAUGAAAAUCGGCAGCAUCGACCUUCAGGAACUGAAGAAAUGCCUAGAGAACCUGCAGCUGCUUAACCUCAAGGAGUUGGAGGUGGAAGUGGGGGGAUUCAGUUCAAUGAGUUCAUUGUCCUCCUCAGCCUCAUCUAUCUUUAGGCACAGCCAUCAUCUUCUUCCUCUCCAAACAAUUGAUAAUUAUGGGCCAAUGCAGACAUCAAAGAUGGGUUCGUCAGAACUGGAGGCAACCUUUGACACCAUUGUUGAAGUAUUCUUGUUACAUGACAAGAUUGGAGAUGGGAAGUUUAACAAGAAAGACUUGGUAAACAC